AUGAGGAAGAACAACAAAUGGAGACGCCGCAUCAUAUGUCUAUUGGACGAAUUACUCAUGGAUCUACAAAGUCGGCCUCCGAGCCUUGAACAGGCUGUCGUCAUUGAGAAACUUGCAGCGUUGAGCAACCGUGCCGACAGUAUGUUCGGGGGCCUCAAGAACGUCGAGAUCACUGAGACGCUCUACUACACGAGACCCAUCGAGAUACCGAAGACUCCCGACCAGGUUGUUUACAAGUUGGAGGAUUAUGCAGAAGACACAGCGUUCGCUAUAUAUUGCCUGUUCCAGGAUGCAACCUACAUUCGAAUGUUCUCGGCACGAGCGUGGCGCGAAUUCACUCUCGGCGCGAUUGGGGUCCAGAUUGCCACUUUCUGCACGAACAUCGCAUUUGCAGAAAUCGAAUUGAUGUCUGGAGAGUUCCUAAAGAGAUUCGAUCGCUUCCAGGAGAAGAAGACGACGCGAACACAUACCGAAGUUGAAAGGUUUUUUCGAGCGCACUGCGGUGACGAUGAACGUUCGUCGAGCCCAGAUGCUAUCAGCCUGAACUGCGAGGACGUUGACUUUGCAAGACAUGCAAACCGAAGGCUGGGCUACUACGUGCGCGAUCUGGGUUGUACGCGAACAACGCGUGCGGUAUUUGAAGCAUUUCUCGUAGCACCAGGACAAUUUUGGGGCGAAACACAGGAUGAUAUGCGUCUGCUAAAGUCUCUGUGCCAGCUGCGCGUGUAUGAGUGGCAGACAGACUUGACCGCGUGGGUGUUCAAGGCAGACUGCAUGUACUCGGCAGCUAAUGCCCUCGUCUCGGGUCAUAUUGACACCGACCAUGUGUUUGCCGCACAGAUGUUGUCAGACAUCCAACAGCUAAUCGAUCCUCAAAUUGUUGGCAUUGAAGAUAUCCUCGAACAGGUCAGCCGAGAUUUGCAUCGUCUGUACGGGAGGUACAUCUCAGAAUGGAACACCGAAAAUCUCGCAACCAGUCACUAUUGGAGGACUAAGCAUAUGUUCGAACAGUACACGUUCCUUGAAAACAAGGCAAACAAUGUUAGCGCUUUUCAGGAUUUCAUGGAAACGUGGGAGAAAGCAACCGGCAGACAAUGCACUCUCCCAGGUUUCCGGCUACUGCGCCAUGCUCCAUUGCUCAUUGGACAGCUUGUGGCUCAAUUUCGGUUCCAGUUCCAGGAAACUUUCUUGGAUAUCGCAAAUGAUCAGGGGCAUAUUCUAUCUGCCAUUCAUCUUUACCACGCCGCUAAAUACUCCCAAGCCUUACAGACAGAGCGAUGGGAAGAUAUGGAGUGGAUGAUCGAACAUCAAUGCUACGAUACGAUAUUCGCAGGCGAACCACCAGCGAAUAACGCAGAGUACGCGAGCCGGUUCUGCCUUGUCUAUGGUCUUGACCCAACCAAGUUUGCGGUCAGUCGCAAGGCCACAAAGCUAGAGCGAGUCAAAAACGACAUCUAUCUCAAGAAUGGCUGUCCAAGACGUCUCGAGAGUCCGUCACAAUUCGUCAGGACAUACUCAAAGACGAUCAAAGCAGAAGACGUAAAGUCUCUGACAAGUCAGUGGAGGAUAACAGCCAUGGAAGAAUUUGCCGAUACCCAACUGGACAAAUUCUCGCCCUACGGCAAACCCAACAACAUUGGCUAUCUCACUGCGGCGAAAGAGGGAUAUGAGAGCGAUGAAGAGGCGCUCAUCUUCGACAUCUUCGAUUUUCACUCAAGGUGCUCCCAGCUCCUUCGAAGCAUCCGAGAUCUGUGUCUCGAGGAAGCGCCCGAAGACUAUCCUGCUAUCAGAUUUGGCGGUGAAGAAGGUAUCAAUCCUACACUCGCAGAGCUACUCCGCGACCUGACUGAAUGCCCGCGUCAUCACGAAAGAAUGUGGCCCAAAGCCGUGGCGUUGUUGCGCGACUUGAUUGAAAAAGAAGGUGGGGAGUGUUGCGACAUGGCGUGGGCACGUAUGGGUAUGACGAAGUUGGAGUCAACCAGUUUGGACAGCGAGGGCUCUGUGGACGAAUCGGAAUCUGACACAGCGAUGGAAACUCCACCGCCUGGUUCAGAUGGGCAAGGCCCAGAACCGGACGAACGAGCACCUGGCGAUCGAGCACCUGACGCUUCGAAAUCGGAAAGUUCGGAAGGCGGAGCUAGAUCCCACACCCUGAAGGAGGGAUCAGAAACUGGCUCGUUUGAUCCGAAAUCAUCUCAACAACGAAUGAGUAGUUUGCUAGCCGAUACCGAGGAGCUGAAACACUUGGAGCGACAAUUUGAAGAGAAAGGCUUGACUUUUGGGCGGUGGGCAGAAGGUGGCUGUCGGAUUGUCGCUCCAGAUGGCACCAUUGUGGCCUCGUGUGAUCCCCGCGAAGUGGAGAGCCUGGCACUUGGGGAGCGAUCCGAUGCUGCCAAAGAGGGCGCAGAGCCUGAAGUAAGAGUGCUGGCUCUCAAUCGCCUACCGUCCGACUAUUUAGAAGAUGGUUGGGUUCAAGCGCAAUGGUUGAUCAAGGAAUGGCAACAAGGUAGAAUGGCCAUGGAGAUAUUGAAAGACGGAAACAUGGAAUUUCUAAAGGACGGUAAACUCAAGGUCCUAGUCACAACCGGUGACUUACCGUGUAUGUAAAGAGGAGCAUAUAGGUCUAUCUGCUCCGUAGACGAGC